AUGAAGCUCGUUGCAGUGCUCCUCUUUGUAUUCGCCCUCAUCCAAGCAGCCUUCCAAGAGGCUACGCCCGAAAGGCUAUGCCCGAACACCUGCCCGACUCCCGACGGAACGAUGGUUUGUGCCUUCAAUGGCUGCUACUUCAACACGGAACUGUGUACCAUCAAAAUAUUCAACUGUGCCCGCAAGGUGAAGGGAAUGAGCGUGGUGAAACUUGUCUCCGAUAAACAGUGCAAUAACGAGACCCAUACACCAUAUUGCACAGCCGUGACCUUUUAAAUCUAGUGGAGAGCUUCCAAUUUAUUCAUUAAUGAAGCGAUUACAAAUGUA